GCGCGAGUAGUAGGCGAGCGGCUCCACUUGUUGCUGAGCAGCGGCGGCGCGCACCGACUGGCCGGCCUCACCUGAGCAGCUCACCGAGCCACACCGGAGCCCAGCCGCCACAGGACUAACACACCCGCUGCUGCCUGUGCACACGCUUUACAGGAAGCCUGAUUUGAUGUCUGCGCCAGCUCUGUUUCCAUGGCGAUGUGGACGCAUCAGUUUGGGCUGUGGACUCCUCCUCCUGGCCACUUUACCACAGCUCACUGCAGGCAGACUGGGUAACUGCAGCCACCCUCUGGUGCCAGAACACGGUGGUUUCCGCUGCGACCCGUCCCCCUGCCGAGGUUUCCCCCAGAAGAGCUCCAUCCAUUUCUUCUGCGAGCCUGGGUACCACAUCCCCAGCAAGGUCCGCACCUCCAAGUGCCGCCAUGGGAAGUGGGUGCCAGUAGUACCCACCUGUGUUCCUCUUAAAGACAGACACAGUGUGAACCAGGAUGAUAAGGGAGCCCAGUCUCUGCCCAGCGUCGCCACCACAGCGGUGGGCGUGUCCAUCUUCCUGCUCACCACCACCGCCUGCAUGAUCAUCAAGUCCCGCCUCUACCCCUGUCACUCACACAGCCGCCGGCCCUCAGACCAGAUGGACCUGAUGGUGGACGGCCUUCCCGUCUCCCUGCCCUCCUACGAGGAGGCGGUGUACGGCAGCUGGGGGCAGCGUCUGCCCUCCUGCGCGGGUCCCGGGCCCACGCAACUCCUAUUGGCUCAGGAGGCCCCCGGCUGCCACCAGUCGACUCCCAGCAACCAGUCGGACGCCACUCACCUCCACCAAACCAGUCAAAGCCCAGAUAACCCGCCUCCCCCGUACGAGGAGGUCCAGUCACGUCCCAGAGAGGGGAGGAGUGACGGAGACGUCCACCAGCUGCAACAUGCACUUUCUGAUGACAAGGACACUUGACUGACAGACUGUCCCGUUUGUGUACCUGAAGUUUUUUUGGCACAUGGGGUGCCUCCUAUUAGCACUUAUGUUGUUCAGUUGACAAAACAGCACGAUUUUGACCGACUGCAGUCACCGCGCUGCACAAGGUACCAGCAAAAUGCUGAAUGAUGGCCGAAAAAACCUGGACUGCAAAAUCAUGUGCUGCCCAGCACUUUUCCUGGUUGGCUGCAGCUCACCAGCAUCAGGACCCGGCGUCCUAUCACGCUAUUUUAGACAAAGCUAAUAAGCUCUGAUUGGCUCAUUGUAAUGUCAUGAAGGACAAAGGGUGGAGCGACUUCUAUAGAUUUCUAAAUGAAAAGUGUCUUAAUAAUUAUUGAUUUAAUAUUAUAUGUUUGUGACAUGAGAGAAAGAGAUGGCUUGUGUCUGUGGCACAUCAGGGAGUGUCUGUGUGUUUCUACCUUCACAUGUGGGCUGUUGUGUGAAAGCCUCGUGACAACAACAUGAACUUUUCAGCAACUUGAACACAGCCCUCUCUCUAGCUUGAUGACAAGAUGUUUUUAUAUAUUAUUUUAUUUCAUUUCAUUAUUUCAUUUUAAGGUAAAUUAGUGUAGAGUCACGAGGGUCUUGCACAACAAUAGAGAUGUAAAGGUAUACGUGUGUGUGUGUGUGUGUGUGUGUGUUUUCAGCUGUCUGGAGACGUUGUCUAUCUUUCCCAUCAGUGAUGGGCUGUUUGAGGCCUUGUCGGUCCCUCACUGAGGCCGAUGGCGUGCCAUUACAGAAACCUGUUGUUUCCACGGUAACUGACUGUAUUCCAUUUCUAAUUCAGAAUUUUGUAUAUUUUUGCCAUUUAGGUUUGAGUCAGGCAGGGUUGUGGUGAUGGCUAAAUCAGGUUGUGUUGAUUUGAAGCUCAGUGGGCAGACACUGAUAGCAUGACAAAUGUUAGACAUUUCGAGAUGUGAAGCGGUCUGUGUGUUUCCUCUGUGUUCGCUCAGGGAAGGAUGAUGUAAAAAACUAUUAUUAUUCAGAAAAUGUUGAACAGUAUGAGGCCCACAAUCUAAACCUUUCAUCUCCUAACUUCAUUAAAUACACCUGAAUUUGUCUUGGUGCAGAUGUAAUAUGUUUUUUAUCAGGAUUGAUCAGGCAAGUAACAGCUUCCUUGCCAAAAUCUGCACCAGAACUGAGAACCUGACAGGAUCCCGACCAGCCCGUUUGGGAAACGUCUGGACUCUGCUGGCUUCUCCCGGCUCUGUUACUGAUCCACCUCUGCUGAGCGGCUGUACGUGUUCAGAGACCUUGAAUGUAUUUUAAGUUUCAUUUCGUAGCGGUGCGAGGGGAAGAAAAAUCAAAGUAUUUAAUGGAUUGUAAUAUUUACAAAAUGAUUCUUUGUACAUUGUAUUAAUGCACAAAAUUAUAUGAACAAUAAAAGCUGAGAAGUUUAA